UUUAUCGACGUUUAAAAGUCCUUGCUGCCUCUAUCAUCAGGGCGCUACAACCCAGAAGGUAGCCAUCUUCGAACAUACACAGGCUAUAUACCUUAACUCAUAACUGCUCUGAACUGAGUAUUGAUUAUUAAUUGAUGUGAAGUGGAACAAAUAUAGGACAUAUGAAAUACAUGUUCCAUCCAUCAUCUGUACAGAAUCGAAUAUGGUGCGGAAAGGUAAGAUAAUUAGCGCAGCCCAAGUAAACAUCGAUUUUUUUCAUACGUGCUGGAACAGAAAGUGAAGUUUGCUUUUAUCGAAAUUACACCUGUAACAAACACGCUUUCUUGGUCGUUUAAAUAUAACGAGGACAUGUUUUAUUUUCCUGCACUGGGGCCGCCAAACGAGAAUAGGAAUCUUUACUCAAUUUUAUAGUAUUCUUAUUUUCCGAAUGCGAUUCGUGCACAAAAACACAUUUACAACAGUAAUUUUUAACUAUAUCCACACAACUGCACUGUUUUACGAAUAAUUUUAGCGGCAGUUGCUUUUAACACUUAGCGGUGAGUCAUGGCAGUUGCGUUUGGAUUUAACAUUGAACUCAACGCACUUCCUUCCUUCUUUGUUAUUAGAGGUUAUGGGACGUGUGCCUAAUGGCCGAUUUCCUGUUAUUCACACACCGCGUAGAAACAUGGCACGCCAUGGGUUGGAAAUAGGACGGAAGAAAUUACGAAGUUUUUAGUCGAAAGGUGUCAAGGAGCAAAUUCGAUGUUCUAAGCCAGUGUGCCACGAAAUAUUCACCUCAUGUUAUAAUUAUAACCAUAAUGAGAUAAAUAAUUCUUAACCACACAGAAGAAAAGAGAAACAGAUAGAAGAUAAAGGAAGCAGAAGGAAAAAUUAAGAUAGCAAAGAAAGGUAAAUAAGAAUCGAAGAAAUGGGAAGGAGUGAGAAAAGAACAGUGUAUGAGGGUGUAAGAAAAUAGAGAAUAUACGGGGAAAGAAAGAAAAAUGCACGAAAUGAAAGUGAAUAAAACAUAUACACCCAAAAUAAAUACAUAACUGAUGCUGAGAUUAUUCGGAAACUGUAAAAAUGAUGGUCACAUUCCAGCCAUGGCCGAUAGCGAAAUGCACGUAAAUUUUCCCCGCUGCGAAGUUCGUAAAAAUGUAAAAAAAAAAAAAAUUCUAACAUCCAAUAGCUCAGCAAUUUUAAACGAUUUAUUUUUCGUAAAUUGUAUUUUCGUUGCUGACUUCCACCUGGUGAGGAAUUGGAUAUAAUACCUCAGCCAGGCCUUACAAACAUCCUGACUGAAGGUGCAAUCAGAAUCCAACGAUGACAAUGCUUCAUAUCAACAGCACUCCUCUCUUCAGAAGGGUAGAGCCAGAACCUCCUAUAAGACUUGUACAUGGCCAUCUGUAUGAUCUUUUGAAACCUCUGUGGCUUGAGUUACGUCUACUAGGAGCACUGCCAGUGGAAAAGAUAGCAACAGGAUGUGGUCAGCCUGUGUUUAAACAAACCUUUAUAGCCACGCUAUAUUCUGUUACAAUCUACGUUAUUGUUGGAGUAUGUAUUGUGUAUACUGGCUUGGUUAAAUUGAAGGAGGUGAGAGCCCUGAAGACUUCUGAGUUUGACGAAAUAGUGAAUGGUUACUUGUUUUUGGUGUACCUGGCUCCUCACUUUGCAGUUCCAAUAUGCAAUUGGAUACAGGCAGGACAAAUAGCCUGCUUCUUGAAUGACUGGACGACUUUCCAGACCCAUUUUGAGCAUGUUACUGGCAACACUCUACAUAUGAAAGUAUGGCAUAAAGCGAUUGUGAUAUUGGCAGUGCUGAUUCCACUGUCCACCACUGUAAGCAUAGUGGUAGACUGGUUAGUGAUGCCAGAGUUCAAGCUAUGGGAGAUCUACUGCUACAGUUAUACCUGCACAUUAGUACACCUGCACAUUGCCCUGUGGUUUAUGAUGUGCUACAGUGUGACCUCAACUGCACACCGUCUUGUGAACAUACUACGGCAGGGUCUUGGAAAUGGAAGAAAAGUAAGUGAUUAUCAUUCACUGUGGCAAGAUUUAAGUCGGUUAAGUCGUAAGAUGGGAGACUGUGUCUGCUACAUCUAUGGAGUCAUCAUUGUUAUAUGGUUUGCAGCCCUUACACUUUCUCUCUAUGGAGGUCUUACUGGAAUUUUGGAUCAUGGAGUUGACCUCAGGGGAUUUGCACUUCUAGCUAAUGCUCUGUUGUGUACUUCAGUGCUUUUUGUAAUCAGUGAUGCAGGACAGAGAUUGUCUGAAGAGAUGGGUCCAAACUUCUAUUGCACUCUACAGACUUUGCAUCUUGGAGUGAACAAAGAAGUCAGACAAGAGUUGAAUAUGUUCCAGUAUGAUGUGGCCAUGAAUCCUCCAGUGAUUAGCCUUGGUGGAUAUGUUACAGUCAAUAGGAAUCUUCUGCUGUCUCUCCUGGCUACAAUGGUGUCACAUAUGGUGAUUCUAUUACAGUUUCGAGUAGGAGCUGAACCAAACACUCUAAACAGUGCAAAACGCACAAACGUUUUCAAUCAAUGAUGCAAGUUGAUGUGUAAACAGAACCUAUAAAAGUUCUUUUGUGUGAAUUUUUUGUUCCUGCCAAAUCAAGAUAACUUUUGUCACUACUCUUUAAUAUUUUAAUGGAUCAUCGUCAUCAUCCACCAGGCUGCGUCAUCUUAGGUCAAAUCUUACUCCAUUCUUCUCUCAUCUCAUAACCACACCUUUUACAUGUCUACCAGUCUGUCUGCCUGCUUACUAAUCUUUCUAAUCUUCCCUCACUUGAUCUUUACAGUGGUUAUGUAGUUUAAAUUUCUGUUCUUUGAUCCUUUAAAUGUAUUAAUAAAUACUAGAGUUUAAAUUUA